CACCGGGGCUCCUAACAAAUGGGUGCUGAUCUUAAUGCUUGAACUAAUCCAAGAAGACAUCCCUUUUUGAGCUUAAAGUUUGGCAAAUAAUUGGAAUUGCUGUUGGAUUGUUUAUAGUAGUUAUCCUUGUGCUUCUGUUUGCCUUACUUCGCGAAAGAAAUCAAGAAAAGCCAAGGAUAGGAUUCCCCUCAGUCAAAUACCAACCGUCUCGAAGGAUAUUCAAGGAAGUGAGGGUUGAGCAAGUGCCAGCAAAGAUUUGUUCCUCGUGAUGGAGUUCUUCUCACAAUACAUGAUAAAUCUAGUGACAAAGAAUCAGACAAAGUUAUGCUCCAUUUGGGUGUGGGGAAGAUGAAGAAUAGGGAUAAUAGUAGUUAUUCUGAUUCAUUUCAAUCACUUAGACAAAGACGCGGGUGGAUCACAGUCAGGAGAGGAAGGGGAUCUGGCACUGUUACAGUGUAUAAGCACUCUUCUUCAUACUCGAAACAGCUCCUUCCCCGCUGUCUGGUCUCCCAGAAUUUCAUCGCACUUAGGUUGGGGCCCCACUGGUUUACACUAAGGGAUCUUGAAAUUGCUACGAAUCGGUUUUCCAAAGAGAAUGUGAUCGGUGAGGGUGGUUAUGGAGUUGUAUAUCGGGGACAGCUGAUAAAUGGGAGUCCAGUGGCAGUCAAAAAGAUACUCAAUAACAUUGGUCAAGCCGAGAAAGAAUUUAGAGUGGAAGUUGAAGCUAUUGGGCAUGUACGACAUAAGAAUUUGGUCCGCCUUUUGGGGUACUGCAUCGAGGGGACGCACAGGAUGUUAGUCUAUGAGUACGUCAAUAAUGGAAAUUUGGAGCAAUGGCUCCAUGGAGCUAUGCGUCAUCAUGGAUAUCUUACAUGGGACGCGCGAAUGAAGAUUCUUCUUGGCACAGCCAAAGCUCUUGCAUAUUUGCAUGAAGCCAUUGAGCCAAAGGUGGUGCACCGAGAUAUCAAUUCAAGCAACAUAUUAGUCGAUGAUGAUUUUAAUGCCAAGGUUUCUGAUUUUGGCUUGGCCAAACUGCUGGGUGCUGGGAAGAGUCAUGUCGCAACACGAGUUAUGGGGACCUUUGGAUAUGUGGCCCCUGAAUAUGCAAAUACUGGCCUUCUAAAUGAAAAGAGUGAUGUUUAUAGCUUUGGUGUUGUGCUCUUGGAAGCAAUCACAGGAAGGGAUCCAGUUGACCUUGGUCGACCAACUCAUGAAGUUAAUCUGGUUGACUGGCUGAAAAUGAUGGUUGGAAGCAGGCGAUCAGAAGAAGUAGUUGACCCAAAUAUCGAGGUGAGGCCCUCCACCAGAGCUUUAAAACGGGCCCUUUUGACUGCUUUGAGAUGUGUAGAUCCUGAUUCUGAGAAGAGACCGAAGAUGGGCCAAGUUGUGCGGAUGCUGGAAUCCCAUGAGUACCCCUUAGCUAGAGAGGACCGAAGGCACCGGAGAAAUCAAGGGGAUAGCACGGAAAUUGAAUCCCAAAAGGAAUAUUCAGACACAGAUAGAUCAGAGAGCAGAGGAUAACCGCAAAGCAGACCUAAGGCGAACGGCGAUUCUUUCUUAGGAUCAGUUGAAUGUAUAAAGUGAGAGGGUAAAUUCUUUCAAGUUCUUUACGUUUCUUUUCUGACUCUUUUAGAUUAUUGGUUUGGAUUUAGCAUGCAAGUAAGCUUAUAUGGUUUGACAAGCAUUGCAGGAUAAUCCCCCCUCAUCUCUUUCUUAGUUUGGUCCUCCUUUCAAUUUGUUUACUGUAGAAGGUUGGUUGGAAUAUUGCUUGUAUGAAGGAGGAUUCUAAUGUAAAGAACCCAGAGCGUCGUGUAUGUACAUAAUCUAAUAACUUUUCAGGAUCCGCUUGAAAGAAAUGUUCGGUUUACCUU